AUGGAUACUCUUCCCGCUGAACUGCUCCGGCUCAUCUUCGACAACUGCGACCCACCAUCGGUACGAGCCCUCCGUCUUACCUCCGGCCGACUAGCCGACGUAGGAUACGACUACCUGCUCCCACCAUCGUUCCGGGCCGUGGAAUGGAAGGACGACGUCCAACGGUUACAUUCGAUUGCCCACCACGACCGCCUCAACCGGUCCAUCAAUUCCAUCACCUUCAACUUCUCCAAAGCCGAGGAGUACAGCACCAUCCGCCCCGAUUCCUUUUUCCCCGAAGAGCGGUCCAUCCUCCUCCAAGAUGUUUUCCAGCACUACAAGCAGGAGGGCAAAUCUCACAACCUGCCAGCAUUCCACACCCGCUCCACCCUGGUCGAGGAGUCCUUCAAGCGCCUGCCUAACCUCAAGGACCUCGAGAUAACCUACACCAAAUGUCCCUACGACAACAUGCAAGCCCUCAAGGACGUCCUCCUGGUGCGCAACCCGCGCAAGCGCGACACGGCCUCCCGCGCCCAAGCCUGCAAGAACAUGAACGCCAUCAUCUCCGCAGUCCGGCACGUCUCCCUCUCUUCUCUCACAAUCGACCAACUCCCGCUCGAGAUCUUCCGCCUUCCCGACGACCGUCGCCACUGGUUCGACUGCUGCGCCUCCUCCUUCUCUUCCCUCUCCAAGCUCGACCUCACCAUCGACCCUCCCGCAAACCUCAUGCCCCAGUCGCGCUUCAAAGCCAUCAACGGCCUCGGCCACGUCCUGCAGCUCUCGCCAAACCUAACCCACCUCAGCCUCUCUUUCCACACUUACCACGCCCCCCGCUCGAAAUUCGGCUUUUCUUUCAGGGCCCUCCUGCAAGACUUCACCUUCGCGAAACUCACCUCCCUCAAACUCGAAGGCGUCUCCUGCUCCGAAGAAGACCUGCGCUCUUUCCUGCUGCGCCACGCCAAGACCCUCGAACGCUUGCGCCUCGGAGGCCGCGGGCUGGCGAAGCCUUAUGAGCUUAGUAUUGGAGGCGUGCACCUGCACGAGGGUUCAUUUAAGAGUCUUUUUGCUUCUUUGCAGGGGAAACUGCCGAAACUGCAACGGCUUCAUUUGGAGGGGGAUCUUGAGGCGGGGGAUAUUCGCACGGGUGCUAGGGAGAGGGAGACGUUCAAGUUCCAUGCUAGCGUGGAUGAGAAUUGGGAGGAUGUUGAGGGUGAAGGAGACGGUUUGGGGAGGAGGGUGGUGAUGCAACCGGGGAAGACGAUGGAUUCGAGCGCUUUGGAGAGGUAUUUGAUUCAUGGCGGACCGUUUCCGAGGCUGGUGAUGCCUGGCACGGCGUCAGCGUCGACGUCGACAGCCAGUUCGGAGGCUGGUAGUCCGAGCCCGAGUCCGGAACUUGGGCCUGUGACCGUGAGCGGUCCGGCGAUGGUUGCGGGUCCGGCGACGGCUAUUGCUGUUUGA